AUGCAACAGGUUCCACGCAUUGCCGGCCGCCUGAGAGGGCUGGCUAUGGCUGAGUUGCCCCCUACUUACCUCGCACCAUCACUUCGCCUCCCCGUGACUGUAUCAGCCAUUCAGUCUUCAAGCUUUUCUUCGACUGCCUCUGUCGGCGUCAACCCUCGACGCGACAAGAGCAAAAACCGCGGUGUGUCCGCUAUCAACCGGACCGGUCCCAGAACCCCAUUCACCGUGUCAAAAUGGCCAUUGCCCAAGCCUGUAUCACCGGAAGAGAUGCAGCCCCGGGAAACGAACCCUAACCAUGGACUCUGGGCAUUCUUUCCCCCUAACCGGGCGGCAUUGCCUCAACCAGAUUAUGAUUUCGCUUUUGGUCGCUCAUGGGGUAUCCAGGAACUCCGCGAACGGAGCUGGGAAGACCUGCACGCUUUGUGGCAUGUAUGCGUCCGCGAACGAAACCGCAUUGCCACAUCUGAUAUGGAGCGAAUUCGACUGAAGCCCGGCUACGGUGAUUAUGAGUCUGGGGAACGUGACAAAGUGAUCCGAAGCACCAUGAAGAAUAUCAAGCACGUUCUGCGUGAGCGCUGGUAUGCUUGGGAGGACGCCUCGCGGAUGUACGAAGCCGGAUAUCGCCCUGAGAACUUCCACGGACUCGAGGACGUUGAGGUUGAGCAGGCCAAGGGCAAGAAACAAUAA